GUGGUCGUUUGUAAAUUAAGGGGAUGACCCAUGGAUGUCCCCUGUCAUAGUAGUAUUUCCCUUUUCUCUUAUUAUUGCAUACAUAUACAACUGAUGCUGAUAAGUUGUUCCUGCGAUCGAAGGUUAUAUUUCUGAGGGGAUUUCACUGGGAGAUCGAAACAAGUGGCGCGAAGUCAUCGGGAGCAAGCUUUAUGUCGACGUUUUGUGGAUCGCGACUGUAAAUGGACAGUCUGCGGGAACCAACGCCGGCGAAGAAGAGGUGUAUCUCGACGAACGGGAGCAAAAUGCAAUCAUUGGAAUAUGUACGACAAUUCCAAUUGCCGCAACAGUUUCCUAGUACGAUAAAACAGACCUUAAAGAGUAUAAAUAUCACUGAGCCUACCACGCCAACUAUUAUGUGUCCGGAUACUGUGAAGAUAUCGUCCAAUGUGGAGAACCAAGUUCCGUGUAAUCUACAGAAGCUGAGAAUUUUAUCUCCAGGUGGAAGAGAUCUGGGAGAAUUUAACGUAAAGAUGUGUUCUGCUGAUUCAUCAAAAGGAAACACUAUUACGAUUACCAAGUCUAAUUGCAAACCUAACGAUAAGCCACUGAUACUUCCUUUAUCUCCGGUCUUCCCUACAAAAUCAAUUCCACGAAUACUUAGGCAAGGUUCCUCAAAAGUUCCAAGAAGAAAUUUGAUGGAAGUGAUGUCUUGCAGUACGACUAUCCCCUGGACAGAUAGUACCAAUAUGUUGCAUCAGCAAAAAUCUACAACUAAAGAUAAAAAGCUUUUAAGUAGCCAAAAUAUGAAAGGUAAGGUGGAAAAACAGAUGUCUGAUAAUAGUAUUAAUGCUGAUAAGGCACAUUCUAUAGGUGAAAUAAUUUCUAAACAUUCUAUAUGUCAAACUAUUAAUAGUAAUAAUCAGAAAUAUAUAAUAUACUAUGGAAUUAAUGAUACCGAUAUUCAUAAUCAUACAAAAAUUCUAGAAACUACAGCUGAAAAUAACGAAAUGUCUUCUAUAGAAACAUCAUUGUCUAACGAUAUUAUAGAAUUACCAUAUCCUGCAAGUAAUAAGAAGCACACAAUAAAUUCUAGUAAUAAAAAUAACAUACCAUUGUCUGGGCAAAGUCUUAAAGUAAGUAAGGGAAAGUGUAUCGCUACAAUAAAGAAAACAGAAAAUGGAAAGAUAGUUACAUCUCUGAAGAGUGCAACAAAUCUUGUGCAAAGAUGUAGUCAGACUGAUAGCAAUUUAAAUCAAAACAAUAGUAGAAAAAGUUUUGCUAAAAAUGGUACAAAUAAUUCACACGAAAUAAAGUCUGACUUAGUUCCUAAAGCAGUGUCUGAAAAAACACAAAAUGUUAUGACAAUUAUACCUAACAAUAAAGCUUCUACGUUUAAUCAGAACGCAACUUUGACACAGAAAUGUAAAACCUCUUUGGUAUCUGGAAGUAUUAAAAAUGUAACGAAUAUCACAGGUCGUAGUAUACUUAGACACAAUACAAAGCAUGACAAUACGCAGAGUAAACAUUUAAAGGCAGAAUUUCGAAAUGAUAAAGUAGUCAUUGACAAUUAUGUGCGGCCAAUUUCAGAAUCACGACAAAUUAAAGACGUUAGUACAAACAUGCAAUCAAAUGUACAGAGCAAGGAUUGUUCUAAAGAUUUGCCGCAAAAAAAUUUGUCGGAUCGAUUGAAUAUUAUAAAAAAAGCAAUGGACAGUGUAAGAGACAAUGAGCUGCGUGAGUUGGCGCUCAAGGCUUUGGAAGAUUGUGGCAUCGGAAUUGAGAGACAUGUUCCGAUACUUCCACCGAAAGACCACAAAGCUGUACACGACACGCAGGUACAGACCGUAGUGUUUGGACUACUCGAUCCCAAAUCCUUUAUAUUAAUAAACAAGGACUUGAAUGACAUUCACAGGCUAAAUCAGAUUACUCUUUACGAUAUGCCUACUGAUGAAAAUCUAUUAGUGAAUAAUCCACAUUCUAAUAAUUCUGUAUCCAAAGACUCUAAUGUAAUUGAACGAGAAAGUCCUUUUGAUUUAGAUAGUUUUAUGGAACAAUUUUGGGAAGAGGAUUCAGAUGCACUUAAAAUGAAGGAGACUUUAUCGAUGACGAGAGUAAGAUGUAAUAGCCUUUUAGAACAUCUACAGAGGGACUUUGAAAAUGUUAAACAAUAUGAUCAAAACGGUAUGUUGAAUAUACAUAAUGCAAUCGUAAGCGAUAACAUCUAUCUCGUUCGGAGACAACUAAUGGUACUUCAAUAUUACAAACAAAGCAUUGAUAUAUUAACUGAAGAUGGAACGACGAGUUUGGAAUUGGCAAUCAAAUAUGACGUGUGUAGCGAGAUCGUGAAGCUCUUACUCGAUGCUGGGGCACAACCAGUGAUCCCGAAAUCCUUACAUGAAUCAGCAGUGAUUAUGGCUAGCAAGCGUUCAUCACCGUUGUUGUCAAUGCUUGUUAGCCGAAUCUCAGAUCCAAAAUUGCUUGAUCAAAUAGACUCAGAGGGUUUCGCGGCAUUGCAUUAUUGUAGUAUGCGUGGCAAUUUGAAAGGAGUCAGAGCGCUUUUGGCAGCUGGUGCGACUAUAGAUUUAAAGGAUAUGAAAUCAGGACGGACGCCUUUGUUUCACGCAGUAGAUAAUGAUUGUACGUCGGUGAAAAAAGCACUGUUAAAAGCCGGUGCUGUCACAAAUAUUGCAAACUUCGCGGGACAAAUGCCCCUAUGUAUAUUUUCUGAUUCGCUAAAUUUGUCUUUUGGAUCAUCAUUGACAAAAGAUACAACGUAAGGUCAUUUUAUUUUUAUUAUUUUUAUAAAAUGACAUCUCUUCAAUGAGAUAUAACAUGUGUUACCCAAGUAAGACUAUAUA